AGCAGGAAGGGAGGACCUGCCCCCGUCUGUUGUGAUGUGACAGCUCUGUACAGUGAUUUAAAUGUGUACAGUUUGUGUCAGUCAUGUGAAUGACAAACAGUCGCGGAUGUACAUUUAAAAGCAGUGGACGGCUGCUUACAGUGCUAACGUUAGCUGUCCUGUGAGACUCGACUGCGGAGGAAACAACGAAGUGUUCUUUUAUUUCACACGGAUGAAAUUGAUGCCCUGUGGAUGAAACGUCCGUGUUUUUCAAAAGGAGACUUAUAUCCUUCUUGUCGACCCUUCCUGAAGAAAAUAAGGACUAACGUUUUUGGAUAAAGAACAGCGGCUAUGUUGACAUUUCUGUUGCAUCCUUGAGGUUUUGAUGCUAGCUCGCUGAUGUUUGCUAGCAUUACAUGCUGUUUCUACUUUUUUAUACCAUUAAGAAGCGUGUUUGAUUAGCUACAGAUGAGAUAGUGUUAUUUAGAUGUUAUUGUGGGCAUGUUUGCAGAGAUUUACCAUGGGCAGCAGCUAUGACUCUAUGUGUAGCAGCCUCUGCGUUGUUAUGUCACAGUCAGGCUAGCAGAUAGCUCGCUCUCUGCAGCUGCUCUCAGUCUUUUGCAUGGUCAUGUCCUGCAGGGUUGGCAUCAUGUAGACUGUGUCUCUGAAUACGUUUGGAGACUGUGGAUACACAGAGUGUUAGUGAGCCUCCUUGGAGAGUAAAUGCAAAGCUGGAUUGCAUCUAUCCAACUGGGUCAAAGACUGACAGCUGGCACUGAUAACAGUUUAGCUCGGGAUUGUUGCUAGCCAUGCUCAGAGCCGUCUGUUCUGUGUGACAUUACAAACAUCCCAGCCUGCUUAAUAAGAGGGCAUGAGAGAGCAUCAUGUCCUGACUGUGACUCUUCUUUAUGCAAUAAGAAGGGACAUCAGCAGAACUAAUAUUUAAGAAUAUUUUUAUUACUGACCAAUUGGCUGAUCGCUGCAGAAUUAAUCUGUACAUGAAAUGUCAUAUAAUUAAGAGAAAAACAAAUUGAAAUUUCCUCCAAAACUCCAAAAUUAGGACGUCAGAUUGCCUUUUUUUGUCUAACCAUCAUCCUAAAACCAUAGGAUUCUUCUUUUUCUAUCAUUUAUAACUAAGAAAAGUUGCAUAUCCUCACAUUUAUGAGUCUGGGACUCACAUCCUUGGCAAUUGUGCUUGGAAGAUUGACGAAAUUAUUAAUCCGAUAUCAAACCAGCAUCCCAUCAUGAUGAAAUAAAUCUGCAGUGAAGGAAGAUCAAGCAUCUCCAGUACUGAAGGGAUUUUUUUGCUCCAGGAUUUUUCAAAGCAACAUUUACCCACCUGCUCAUCAUAAUGGAGACCGUGGGAGAUUUUGAAUACAGCAGAAAAGACCUGGUUGGACAUGGAGCCUUUGCUGUGGUGUUCAAAGGAAGACACAGGAAGAAGACUGAUUGGGAAGUGGCCAUCAAAAGCAUCAAUAAGAAGAACCUGUCCAAGUCACAGAUCCUGCUUGGCAAGGAAAUCAAAAUCCUGAAGGAAUUGCAGCAUGAAAACAUUGUGGCACUUUACGACGUUCAGGAAACACCCAACUCUGUUUUUCUGGUCAUGGAGUACUGCAACGGAGGUGAUCUUGCCGACUAUCUGCAAGCUAAGGGGACGCUGCGAGAAGACACCCUGAGGGUUUUCCUGCAGCAGAUUGCUGCAGCCAUGCGCAUCCUCAACAGCAAAGGAAUCAUCCACCGUGACCUGAAACCACAGAACAUCCUGCUGUCAUAUGCAGGCCGCAAAAAAUCCAACAUCAGUGGCAUCCGCAUCAAAAUUGCUGACUUUGGCUUUGCAAGGUACCUCCAGAGCAACAUGAUGGCAGCCACUCUGUGCGGCUCACCCAUGUACAUGGCCCCAGAGGUCAUCAUGUCACAGAAUUACGAUGCUAAGGCUGACCUGUGGAGCAUAGGGACCGUCAUCUACCAGUGUCUGGUUGGAAAGCCGCCAUUCCAGGCCAAUAGUCCCCAAGACCUGAGAAUGUUCUACGAGAAGAACAAGAAUCUGCAACCAAUCAUCCCUCGGGAGACAUCCCCACAGCUCAGUGACCUUUUACUUGGGCUGCUACAGAGGAAUCAGAAAGACAGGAUGGACUUUGAUGCAUUUUUCAGCCAUCCUUUCCUGGAGCCAACGUCCACCAUUAAAAAAUCGUGUCCGGUGCCAGUCCCCAGUGCCUCCAAUGCAGUGGCAGACAGUUCCUGUGGCAGCUCCCCAUGCAUUCGCUACAACUCUCCUCCUUCCCUUCCAGACAUGCAGACACUCGCAGAAGACGGUCUGUCGUCUCCUCCGCUUGGCCCACCCAACUUCCUGCAGCUCUCCAAAGAAUCUGCAGGAAGCACGAGCAGCAAGAACUCUUCCUGCGACACUGACGACUUUGUCCUGGUGCCUAACAUCUCUACUGACAGCUAUGAUCAGCCAAUGGGAGUGGGUCGCCGACCGUCCAGCGAGUUCCUCAUGUGUGGAGGGCAGCCGCAGCCAACUUCUGGACAGACCCCCAUGGUGUCCCCAAGGGCCGAGACCACCCCCAUCCCUGUGCCCACGCAGAUUCGCAACUACCAGCGCAUCAAGCAGAACCUCUCCAGCAGCCCGACGCCCCCAGUGUACACGUCCCCCAGGUCUGGCACAGUUAGGCGGUCCAACACCAGUCCUAUGGGGUUUCCAAAGGUGAGCUCGGGGUCUCCCAGCUCCGCAGAUGUCCCUCAAACAGUUAGCAGGCGUCUUUCCACUGGCAGCUCCCGACCUUACUCCCCUUCACCUCUAGUUGGAACCAUCCCUGAGCAGCUGGGCCACUGCUGCUGUCAUCUUCAGAACCAUGAGCCUCGCAGCCGCAGCUCGUCAGGAGGGUCCCCUGUCCCAUCCUCUCAGCUCCUUGGAGCUCGCCUACAAAGCGCCCCCACCCUGACUGAAGUCUACCAGACCAGACAGAAGCUCCACAAGCAGUUAUCAGACCCCGUUCAGCCCUCAUCGUCCUCCUCCUGCAGUCACUCCCCUCAGCUGGGCAGACCGGCCAACCUCGGUUCGUCUCCCACUAAACUCCUGGGUUCCUCCCCACGCACAUCUGACUGGCUGCAAAAGUCCCCCCUGCCCACCAUUAUUGGGUCUCCUACAAAGACCAUUUCUGCUCCAUUCAAGAUCCCCAAAACUCAGGCAUCUUGUAACUUGAUGGCACUAGCAGACAGCCCUGUGCCCACCAAGACGUUGGCAGAUGCCAGGGAUAUUUGCGCCCACCACUGCAGCCCGUACUUAAGUGGACGCCCGGCUGCCCCUGAGGCCAGCAGAACCUUUGGCAGGUCUGUCAGUACAGGUCGUCUGUCUGAGCAGCCAAUCAGAAUCACUCUUGGUGGACAGGCCUAUCAGGGCAGCACUGACAGCUUAAACACUGAGCGACCCAUGGACACAGCCCCUGCAGGUCCCACUGGGCUAGUUCAGGGAGGGUCAGCAAGUCCCCGCACCGUCCUCUUCACUGUAGGUUCACCGCCAAACAGCAGCACCCCUCCCACCUGCAGCCAUCUGGGCACACGACCACGCACCACCUCAGUGGGCUCCAACAGCUCAGCUGGCUCCUUGUGCUCCACCAGUGGUAGGGUCUAUGUUGGCUCUCCACCUGGCAUGGCCAUGGGCUCCUCUCCUCCUGGAGGUUUUGGUGGAGGGCAGACUGCCACUGGGGCCGAGGGAGCACCCAGCAGCCUGCGAUACGUCCCCUAUGGGACUUCCCCACCCAGCCUGGAGGGGUUCAUCACAUUUGAAGCCCCUGAGCUGCCUGAGGAGACUCUCAUGGAGCGUGAACACACAGACACCCUGAUGUACCUUAGGAUGAUGCUCUCUUUCACGGACUGUGUCCUGGAGAUGGCUGCAGUCAGAGCUGGAGGGACAGAGCUCGGUGUGUCAGCUGCCUCUAUCUACCCUCCCCAGGACAGCGUGGUGGUGGAUCAGAUCAGCCAGCUCAGCAAAGAGUGGGGGCAAGUGGAGCAGUUGGUGCUCUACAUGAAGGCUGCACAGCUCCUGGCAUCCUCCCUCCACCUGGCCAAAGCUCAGAUUAAAUCAGCUAAACUCAAUCCUUCCACUGCAGUCAAACAAGUGGUGAAAAGUCUGAACGAUCGAUACAAAAGCUGUAUCUCCCUCUGCCGGCGACUGACGGACAAACUGAACCACUUCUUCUCUGAUAAGCAGAGAUUUGUGGAUGAGAUAAACAGCGUCACUGCAGAGAAACUUAUCUAUAAUCAUGCUGUGGAGAUGGUCCAGUCAGCAGCUCUAGACGAGAUGUUCAAACAGACAGAAGAUAUUGCCUACCGCUACAGCAAGGCGGCCAUGCUGCUGGACGGCCUGUCCAAGAUCCUGCAGGACCCGACGGACAUAGAGAAUGUGGUCAAAUACAAAGCAAGCGUGGACCGCAGAAUCUCUGCCCUCUGCUACUGCACCGUCACACUGUACGAGUAGCAGCGCUCACACAAACACACAGAGGGACCUCAGCGCAUCCUGAGACUGUCGACCUUCAUCCUCACAGAGCCGCAGGUCCCUCCUGUAGCAGUUGAAGCACUUUUCAUUAGCUUGUUUUCAUCUGUAGAUAUCAUCAGUUAUUAUUUUCUAUGGCUGCAUCACAGACUGAACUUCAACUGAUGCACAAACCUCCAACCAAAGAUGACAAACAGAUCCAGAAACUGAAGGCUGAAACUGGAUAAUGACAUAAAGCAUGCACUUUCAAGUGCAACUUUUAAACUUAACAUUCACAAAGACUAUUGCUAUCAUUCAGGAUAUCAUUUAUUGUUGUUUUUUUUACAAGAAGAAAAAGACGAUGCUUGUGACUCUGAGACUGUCAAGAGUCUUGAGUGAAGCAGUUAAUCUUUUUAAAACCUGCUCACUCUAUGAUAUCCAUGAUUAUUUACUCUGUUUUUAAGUUGUUGUUUAUCUUAUUUAUUGGUUCAGAAGAUAUUCCCUGCCUGUCUUGAAAACCUAAAGUAUUGGAGUGGAAGAAACAGAAGAAAUAAGCAAAAGGCUGACGGCCGAUCACUGUAUCAGAUCAACAACACAAACUCCUGUUACAGAAAGCAGGCAGUGGAGUAAGUCAGCGACAUGUAGAUUUUUAACUGCUUUGUUUAAAAACGUUUUUUUUAUUUAAUUUUGUGUGUGUGUUGUUAGCCGAAGCACUUUAUCAUGGUUUGUGGAGGAAGAGGAGGAGUAUCUAUAACGCGUUCUAGAAGUAGAAAUGUGAAGAUGGAGGCUGGAGAAAUCACUCCUCUCCCACUCUUAAAACGUACCUGCUCUGUGUGCAUGAUCAACAAGUCAAGAGAAUGCAUAUAUUUCCCAUAAGGCCGAGGAACCAGGGAAACUCGGAACAGCCAAGAGUCAUUGGCUGCAGCUCAACUUGACAAGUUACCUUAAAAAAGUUUGAUUUUACUAAAAUACUACAGCUGUUUAUGUUCUGUCAGUAUCUGUAGCUACUUUUUUUUAACAAGACUUGAUGUUUGCUAAGAUGUAAAUAUUUAUAAAUACCAUGUGUGGUGCAUGUGAUGAUCCUUCCUUCUCUUUUUGGGGGGAGGAUUGUGUGUCUGCCUGUGCGAGAUCAGGGUUUUGGAGGUUGUCAAUGAUGCUGUCAGCUGUCAGUCAAAGAGCACAAAUCUUUAUAUGUACAUAACUGAAUUUGAUACCUUUUCUUCAUGUCUGCCAAGAGGGUUUGAUAAGGAUUAAACAUUUUUUGGCACAACAGGAGUGUGCUAAAGAAUAAAAUUUAACUCAUGGCAGCUUCAAAACUUUGCAGAAAACCUUUCUACACAGGACUGUUGAGAUCAAUACACAUUUGUUCAAUUGGUCUCAUGAAAUGUUCUGAAAUGAGUGUAAAAUCAUCAGAUUUAACUCAUUUGGUAAAAUUUCAGCAACUUGAAAUGUCAAAUCUGCACUGCCUAUCGUCCACUUGGUUCCUCUUUCUCCCUAGAGUCCUCUGCUGUGCUCCCAACAGUGUAUGUACUGUAUGUAUGUUUGUGUGAGUGUGUAUUUAUGUAUAAAACAUACACACAAGCUCUAGCCAGGUGUGCAUUAAGGCCAGUAGAAACAGUCAACGAUGGAAAAAAGGAGGUGCCUUCUUGUAAAAGCAGGCAUAGGCCUACUCCUCUGUACAGGUGUGAAUAAAUUCUUUUUCAGUGUAAAAAUGUGUAUAAAUGCAUUCACAGGCACCGUGGCGGCCUGUUUUCUCUGAUGUACUGUUCUUUUUCCUACACAUAUCUGAGUUUUUAAGUUCCCUCAUCCUUGUCUUGAGCACUCUGAACCACACGAAGCCUUUUACUGCACACACAGAGACGAGGGACGAAUCAAUCCAAUGACACCUGAAUCUUUGCCCUCGUCCAUGGACUGUUUCAGAUAAAGCAUGGGUACCAACCAAGUCUGCAUUUUACCCUGUAGAACCUCUAGAUCAUUGAAUGUAUGUACCCUGUUUAUUGUUUUAUGCCCCUCUCGCUUGUUCUGAAUGCAUUUUGAAGAAGCCCUGCUGUCAGUCAUGUUCCUGAAAAUGCAACUCUUUUCCAAGCACCGAUUUUUUUCAAAGAGAAAUGUCAGUGUCGUGUCUCACCGAGAGGUGUCGCUCUGUUCUUUAUGGAACACGAAUACAGUCUUUGUUAUUAAAAAGAGAAAAAA